UAGUAAUUCUGAUAAACAACACAGUUGUCAAAAUGAAACUGACAGUGGAGUGACGUCAUACGUCAUUUCGCGUACAUCGCAGGACGGUGGCUAUGGGAACUCGCUGUGUUUUUCAAUAAUAUUUAAUGUUGUACAUUAACUUUGAAAUGAAAUGGAGGGACCAAAUAAUAAGGAGUCCCUCAGUUGUGCCGGGUGCUUGAACGACAUCGGUAAUGAGGAGUAUGUGCGCGCGCUCGGACAGGACUGGCACAAAGACUGCUUUAGAUGUUCGGUAUGCGACGCGUUGUUGUCGUCGUGGUAUUUCGAGAAGGCGGGCCUGCUGUUCUGCCAGGAUGACUACUGGGCCAGGUUCGGCGAGAGCUGCCAGCAAUGUGGACAGGUGAUCACGGGCCCGUUGAUGUCGGCGGGCGAGCACCGCUUCCACCCGGAGUGCUUCGCGUGCCGCGCGUGCGGCGCGCACGUCGAGGACGGCGAGCCAUACGCGCUGCUCGAACGCUCCACGCUUUACUGUGGCGCGUGCUACGGCAGCGAGUCGGGGCGGUGUCGCUCGCACGCCAUCCGCGUGCUGGACGUGCCGCCCGGCGCCGUGCGCGUCGCCGCCGACAAGGGAGCGCUCGCCGUCGCCGAGUCGCGGUGCGCGGGCAAGCUGUCGCGGCUGGCGCGCGCGCUCCUCCGCGCCGUGCUGUCGCUCUGCAUACAGCUCACCUGCAAUAGGAUCGACUCCUCGUGCGGGCUGCUGACGCUGCACAUCGGAGACAGGAUCCUGGAGAUUAACGGCACGCCGGUGCGCAGCCGCCCGCUCGACGAGAUACAGCGCGCGCUAACCAGGCCAGACCAGCUCAUACAGCUAACAAUAGAACAGAACCCGGACACAACAAACAAGAGAGCGAUAGCCACCGCGCGCCCAGAAGUGGAAGACAAGCCGAAACACGAAACAAAAUCGCCGGUGGAGAGGAAAAUACUCAAAGAGAACGUGUUCAAAGACAAGAGGGAUGAGGAUGGCAGGAAGGAGCGGCUGUUCAAACGCAAAGGGGAGGAUGGGGGCAAGGCGCGCGUGAUCAAGAGGAGGCAGACGCCGUCCAGCCCGCUGCUGGGAGAUAAAGAGAGAAGUAGCAGCAUGUCCAAGCUGCUUGAUGUCGUGGAGGGGCCGGAGCCGGCGGGCGUGCUGCGCGACCUGUCGCGCGCGCGCUCCUUCCGCGCCGAGCACGCGCACGCGCACGCGCACGGGCAGAAGGUGUUCCGCGCCGCCGACCUGCUGCAGGGUGAGCUCUUGGGUUCCGGUUUCUUUGGCGAGGUGUAUAAGGUGACGCACCGCGACACCAACGAGGUGAUGGUGCUCAAACAACUCUACAGGGUCGAUGAAGAGGCACAAAGGAACUUCCUCAAAGAGGUGGCGGUGCUGCGGUCGCUGAAGCACCCGAACGUGCUGCGGUUCGUGGGCGUGCUGUACAAGGACAAGCGGCUGCACCUCGUCACCGAGUACGUCGCCGGCGGCACGCUGCACCAGCUCAUACAGGACCGUUCGGCGUCGCUGAGCUGGGGCGCCCGCGCCCGCCUGGCGCGCGACGUGGCGGCCGGGCUCGGCUAUCUGCACCGCAUGAACGUCAUCCACAGGGACCUCAACUCGCACAACUGUCUCGUCAGAGAGGACCGCACGGUGAUCGUGGCGGACUUCGGUCUGGCGCGCAUCGUGUCGCGGACCGCCAGCUCCGCGCACCACCACGCGCACACGCUGCGCCGCAAGCGAUACACCGUGGUAGGCAACCCGUACUGGAUGGCGCCCGAGAUGAUGAACGGGAACGUGUACGACGAGAAAGUGGACGUGUUCUCCUUCGGCAUCAUACUGUGCGAGAUCAUCGGGCGCGUGUCGGCGGACCCGGACUUCCUGCCGCGCCGGUCGGACUUCGGUCUGAACGAGUCUGCGUUUGUGGAGAAGUUCUGCAGGACGUCCGGCUGUCCCGAGCCCUUCUACAAGGUCGCCUUCCUCGCCUGCAACCUCGAUCCGGAUAGUAGGCCACCGUUCGAAGUGAUAGAGAUCUGGCUGGAAAGCCUGGUGAUGCACCUCUCCAACCCCGGGCCGGUGCCGCCCUCCCUCCUCGCGGACAUCGUGCGGUACGCGUGCGGCGCCAUGCAGAGGGACCACGGCACUCCCGACGGAUGUCCCGCGGGAGACACGAACGGGUUCUGCGGGCUGACCAGGACUACUAGUAGGAGGGGCAGCGGCGAUCUGCUGCAGGAUACUGGGGUCAUUAAGUCUCAGUCAAACGCGACGAUCUGGAACUCUGAAGUAAGCAGCGGUCGGGCGUUGGGCAAGUGUGUGUCGGCCACGGCGCUGGGCGGCGCGCCCCCGCCGGGACUCGAACCCGCGCGCUCGCGCUCACAACACGCGCUGCACACGCCCGGCUACAUCCUGCGCGCCCGCGGGAACACCAUCGACAUCACCAAGGUGGAUGACAUCACGGAGUGGCUGGAGCCUCCGCCUCCGCUCAAGCGCACGAGCCCCGACGCGCAGCUCAACAAGCUGGACGAGCAGGCCAACAAGACGCGACGAGUCGACGACGACGACGCCAACUUACCACCGUUCCUCAGGAACCAGUCUGUAGAAGGACUCGAGAGCAAGUCCAAGAACGAGAUCGAUGCUCCCGUGACGUUCUGUAGACACAUCAGCAUCCCGGACAACUGCGAGGUCACCGACGAAGGCAUGGACAGCGACUCCACCGACGAAGACUUGACAGAUAUCACCUGCUGGUACAGGAACCUCAGUGCCUACAAAAAGAUCGAUGUGGAAACGAAAAAUGUGUUCUCAGGUAUAGUGAAGAAGGGCGAGAGUCUCUUACCAAAGAAGGACAGGUACGAUGUCGCUGAAGUGAUGCUCAGAAACCCUGAAUGUUUGAAGAAUGAACGGAAAAUACCGGAAGCGGACAGCCGAAGGUACAACAUAGACUAUUUAACACAAAACCCAAUGAUGGCCGUGUGCGUCAAAAACUUACCCAAAGUGGUCGAGAAGGAGAAGCCGACUGAGAAAUCAAACUUCUUCACGAAAACAUUACUGUCACCGAAGCUAAGCAGGCUGUUCAAACCGAACACCGCUGAGGUGGUGAGAAAUAAGGCUGAGACUGACGACAAUAAGGAUGAGAAGUCUAGGAGUAAGUUCUUUAUCCAGCGGCCGGCGUCGCCCAGCAACAUCGGCCGCUCGUACCGCGUGAGACCCGCAGAGGACGAACGGAAACCGUCCAGGAAGGCGGACAGUGACGUCAUCAAAAGUGACCUUAAACUAGCGAGUAUGGGCAAGCCAAUGACGCCGAUAUUCAGAAGACACAUUCCCACGGAAAAGCCAGAGUUCGCAGACGGCAGAUUCAGCUAUCGAGACAAGAGAACGAAAUACGAAAAGGAGCCGAAGUUUGUGGACGUCGGACGAAAUAAGAUCAAGGCGCCGGAGAAGACGCCUUUGAUACGCAACUCGCAGGGUAACACGGCUUUGCAAGAGAGGAAGACGGAGAAUUCGGACAAAGUACAAAAGAAACGCGAACCGGGAAUUUCACGCAGUAAUUAUGUAAGCCUGGCUAACUUGAAGAUCAACGGUAAGACGAAGGACUUAGAGUUGAACAAAUCGAGGCAGGACAUGAACGAGAACUCGCCUGUAGAGAGGGUGAUGUGAGUGUUAAGCCAAGUCUGAUACUCGGUUGGGAGGGCGCUGAGGUAGUGCUGAUAAGGGCACUGUAAUAUUUAUUACCAGUUUUAUAGAAAAAUACUUUUCUAUUCUAUUAUGACCGGGAAUUUUUUAAACACCCUGUGCAUGAAUUUUGUAUGUAUUUCGAUAAUUUAAAUUCCCCGUUAUAAAUCUCGAUUAUAUUUUCUCUAGUAUUGUGGGUGUACAUGGAAACUGGUUAUUGACCAUCAUGCAGUUCACUAGCUUGUUCGAUAGACUACCACAAGCAAUACUUAGUAAGGUUUGUUGGUUUUCAUGGGCAAGCGCAGUUACACACGACUUCGAAACCUAAUUAUUUCAUAGCAACUGCCAUGAGCAACUGUAUCACAUAGUUUGCUAGGUAGUAUAUUUGUAUUCGAUAUGGCACCGUACACAAGGUAUAAAACCCUAUAGGCCAUAUAUGUUGCGUUCCGGGAUCAGCCUGUAUAUACCCGGUUGCAAACAGGCCGGCAUAAUUGUAUCGACUAGUGGAAUUGACAUCAGUCGAAACUAUCUAGACCCCUCUUCGCUUACCAUCAGGAACAAUGGCGUCACUGCUGCGCCCGAAUAAAAAAAAAAACUUUAUAUUAUUUGGUGUGCACAUAUAAAAAAAACAUGAUAUCACCCAUAACACCAGAGAAUUGUGUUGUAGAAAUAUUACAGUGCCCUCAUUAUAAGCUCGCGUGUCGUCUACGGACCCGUGUUCCCAAUCGAACACUCUUGCCAUGUUGUUCCGUGUAGUAUAUACAAUUGUUGAGUUGUUGUUUGUACUUAUAAUGAAUUAUUACACCCGGUUGUGUGUGAAUGUUGUCUGGACUUUUCGAGACAUUCCACAGACAAUUAUUUACAAUUUUGAUUUAAGAAUAAAAAAAAACAAUAGACAAGAUAUGUUACAAGGAUGUUAAAAAUCGAUAUGGCUUCAAAUAUAAUUUACUGAUCGCGCGACCAUCAAACAGUACCAUAAAGGUAUGGCAUCUAAUGUCAUGAAAGUCAUGCCGAUUGUGAUUGGUCGACAGAACAUCAUUUGACCUGCACGUUGACCAAUCACAGUUACGCAACACUGACGUGCGUGUCGUGUUUAUGCCAUAUUUAAAUGGGAGAAGAUCCUAAAUAAAGCAUUUUAAGACAGAUGUGGGAACAUUCAUGCACCGCGCGGUGUAAUAUACAACGCUUUGACAACAUAUUAUGCAGUUUUUGUGCAAUUUUGACCAGUUUUUAUGACAUGCGGUUACGGAGGUGCGAAUGUGACGCCAUUUACGUGUCGCGGCGGAGCUUGCGCGGGGGCUUGUGACGCGGCGGUUUUGACAAUACUGACAUGCUUGACACAUCAGUUUGACAUUUGACAAUUUGUACAUUUGUUAGAGCAAAUAGGAUUUAUUUUAGAGUAUGUAUCUUACAUUUAAAUUUCGUUAUAUUUAAUCGGAAACCAUUAUUGAAUUACACGUUUAUGAAAUGUUUUAUAGAUUGAGUUUCUAAUAAGAUAUUUAGUUAGCUUUGACAUUACUUACAAUAGUUCCCCCUUCUAAAAAAAUAAACAAUUGUUUUUUUGUCAAAAUCGAUUUAACUUUACAAUCGAUUGUAUUUGUCAAAAUCGCCGCGCCACAGUUGUGUGUAGAUGGCCGGUGCCUUGAAACAAGACUGCGACAUAGCGCUUCAGUCAAUUCAUCGCUUAGAGACCGAUGUUGCGGUUUAUUACUUUUUCCAGGCGUAGUUAAAUAUUACGAAAUGUAGUUUAUAUCGGCCACGGCACGACACGUACUGUUUUGAUAUACCGCCAUUUGCAAUAAUUGAUUUCGAUUUUUUCUAUCAAAAAUAGACCAAUCAGAACAUUUUUUUUGAAACGCUCACAAAUGAGUUAUUUCGAUUGGUUCAUUCUAGGAAUCGAAUAGAUAGAGGUUGCGAUCGUUUAUUGAAAACGGAUGAUAGUGAUAAUCAAUAUUUAGUUUUAUUCGAAAAUGAAUUUAAUAGCUGGCGGUUAUGGUCUGAAUCUUGUUGGCAGUCCAAUGGUUGUCAAAGGUUUUUACUGAUCCUUUAGUAUGCCGUUGACACACUCACGUUACUGAAUGAACAAAACUCAAAUGCUAGAAUUGUUUAAUACCUAAUUAUGUAAGUUUUCUUUGUCAUUUGCUAAUUAAAACGUAAUAGUAAUUUUCCGAUACAUUUUUACAAAUACAGUAUACGUUUUUUUGUGUUUUACUAUAGUGUGCGCACGUAAGAAUAUCGUAAAAUUAGUAUUUCAAUCCAUUUUAAUUAGCAAAUAAGGAAAGUUGCAGGGUUUUUUGGAAGUCAGUCACUGCCACUAUGGCUUGACACUGCCACUAUGGCUUUUAUGGUUUUUAACCCAAUACGUUGCCCUCCUUUGAUCCGUCAUUUUAUUGCUCUUUCAAGAAGAUUAUUUAAAGAAUCUCUUUAAUUAUUCGUAUAAGAAAUUAUGUUUAGCUAAAGAAAUUGUUCCGUUCGCAGACAUAUAUAAAUAUAUGAAAUAUUAAUUUGAAUAUACCUUAUUAACGUUGUAUACGUCUCGUCUAUAUCAUGCAAGGAAGCGAGACUGUUUAUCUAUCGCACAUAUGUUAUGUAACAGUCAUGACACGAAACAAACGCACCUUCCAAUUUAUAGAGGCAUGAGUCGUGAGCACGAUGCGAUGUUGCGCGUGAUUGGUCCAGACAGUUAUGUCACGCUGUGUAUUGGCGCACGCGUGCCUUAUGGCUAGUAUUGUUUCUUUCAAUUAUUUCAUACGCAAGCUCACCACUGUUCAAUGUUAUUGUGCUCAUGAUUUUUGCCGUUUAUUAUAAACACUUUAAAUUCCACUUAUCGUUAAAAUUUGUAUUGUUUUUUGUGCCUUGACUAUUUUAGCAAAUAUGUUCUUUAGUAGAUGUGUACAACUACUUAUAAGGCCCUACGUGUCGUAUCGUGGCGUCUCCAUUGUACAUACUGAAUUUAUACACAAGUUGAUACAAGUUUGUACUAUUUUGUAAUAUACUAGAUAAAAUAGAGCAAAUAUUUUGAUGCGCCAGCGCAGAAAUUUAAAGCAAUUGUUGUUUAUACCGAAAGGUAGUUCUCGACUGUGCCAUUUUGACGAUGGGAAUAUAAAAUUAAUUCGUUUUGACAUACAAUAUAUUAUUUAACACGCUGAAAACUGUAGCUAUACAAAUUUAUGGCUCCCAAUUUUAAGUUUCUUCCAACAUAUAAAAAAUAUACAUUCCACGGCUGCAUUUAUAGUUUGAUAUUAAAAGACAAAUAUUUUAUAAGAAUGAAUAAAAAUAUUCGCUGAGAAAUUUACAAAAGCGGAAUUCCCGUCGUCCGUACAUCCUUACCUAAGAACAAUAAAUUCCAUAAUAUAAUUUGUCGUCAACAUCUGUUAGGUUAAAUUAGUUUCUAGUGAUCCCGACAAUAUCGUUUAACUUUACAUUAAUUUAUUAACAAUGUAGGUUAUAAGUUUAUUAUAUUUUGAGUCUGAAUUGUUAGGACACAGGGUGCCAUUAUUUUUUUUGAAAUUAUUUUAAUUUACUCAUCUGCUUUAUAACUAGUAUUGGCUAUUUGUAUUUCUGUGUUACAGUGCUACGAUUUAAAAAGUUCAUAAAAUUAUAAAAAAUAUAAUUGUAAAAGGUAGGUAGAUAUUGUAACUUUGACUUGCGGAAGACUUCAGUGUCCCCGUGACCAUGAAGGCUGAAGUCUUAGAAACGCCGGGAGAAAUUAAUAACAUAAAAGCCGCUAUAAAAUACAUAAAAUAGUUUUAUCUCCAAUUAAUUCGCGUAAAAAUAAGAAAUCAUUAAAACAUAAAUCAUUAUCAUUUUAGUAAGAAUAUUUUAAUAAUACUCAUAAAUGUACUUAAAUUGCAUUAAGUCUGAACUCUGAAUAAUAUCAAUUAAUUGUUCGAAGCUAAUAUCAUUGGUCCUGUAGAAAUAUUACGAAAUAAUAUCAAAAAAUUCAUUAAUUUACCUCAUACCCCAUACAACAGUGUUGACUUACAAAUACCCCAUUUUUACUAUGUACCAAAAAAAACUUUUAAUACUCUUAAAAUAAUUCAUGCCCAAGAUACUUGAAUACGUGAAAUACUCAAAAAAGAUUCAAUCCAUAUGAAUUAUAACAAUGUAAACGGAAAAUCUAUUUUGCACGUGUAGAAGCGGCCCAUGGACAAAACAGUUUGUAAUAGGUUGUGAAAAUUUUCUUUUUGUAUACCCGUAAGUCAUGAAUGUAUUGAUCGUAGCACUGUAACCGAUAUAUUAAUCUCAUUGGAAGCAAUCUCGUUUAUUUGAAACGGAACACGUCUGGUGCCCCAGUGAUUAAUAUUUACUAUCGUGUUUAAGUUAACUAGAUAUGUUCAAGAAUCUCAUUUGUCUAGUAACAACCCGGUUGGUAUAUCAAACAGGCGAGGAUAAAGGAUAAAAAUCAGUAAUUAAUUAAUAUUAAAUUAUUGGUAAAAUAUUGUUGCGCGGAAUUGUAAUUCGUAUCCGAAAAGCGAUAAGUUUGUGCCAUGGGACAGAGAUAAGUGGCAAAUCGUGUACCUUGCGAUAGUUGUGUUUCCAAAUAUCUUUCUUGUUAAUUUGCGGCGAUAGUAAAUAAUAAAGUGCUCUCUUACUAUUGGAGCUGUAAACAACAUGCCUUUUAACACUCGUUACAUAUCCUAACAAUGGACUUAUCGCUAGAAUAUGUCAUUCCCAUACAUUUUUUUGUUUUCUAUUAGCGUCAACGAUUGUGGAAAGGCAUCUUAAAUACGGCCUCAAUUAACACUAACAUUGUAUGGAAAAGAUGACAUUUUGUAUAUGGCAACUAAAGUUGGAAUACAAUGUAACCUGUUUUAGGAAAUAUUAAAUUAUUCUGCAAGUCUUCGAUUAUAAAGAAGUAAUGUGAAAUGUCGGGCAAACAAUAAUUUUGUUUUAGUCGUAUAUUAUUUUUAAUAAUUUCCUUAAUUUUUUUUUUGCUUAUAGUGUGACUAUUUUUUAUAGUGUAACUGAUAGACUUAAUUAUAAGCAAA